AUGUCAUUUGAAUCUACAGGUUCACCUGAUUCAGAAACAUCACAGACUGCAGAGACCAUUUUGCCAACUGAAACAACAGGUUCUCCGGAAACAGUAACAUCUGAGCCUGCUGGUUCCACCUCAGUAUCGGAAGCAACAGGUCCAACUGAUUCAGGAACAUCACAGACUGCAGAGACCCCAUUGCCAACUGAACCUACAGGUUCUACUGAUACAGCAACAUCUGAGCCAGCUGGUUCCACCUCAGUAUCUGAAUCAACCGGUCCAAGUGAGUCAGUAACAUCACAGACUGCAGAGAGCACUGUGCCAACUGAACCUACAGGUUCUACUGAAACAGCCACAUCUGAGCCUGUCGGUACUACGUCAAUAUCUGAGUCAACUAGUUCAACUGAUUCAGUAACAUCACAGCCUGCAGAGACCAUUUUGCCAACUGAAACAACAGGUUCUCCGGAAACAGUAACAUCUGAGCCUGCUGGUUCCACCCAAGUAUCUGAAGCAACAGGUCCAACUGAUUCAGGAACAUCACAGACUGCAGAGACCACAUCGCCAACUGAACCUACAAGUUCUACUGAUACAGCAACAUCUGAGCCAGCUGGUUCCACCUCAGUAUCUGAAUCAACCGGUCCUAGUGAGUCAGUAACAUCACAGACUGCAGAGAGCACUAUGCCAACUGAACCUACAGGUUCUUCUGAAACACCCACAUCUGAGCCUGUCGGUACCACGUCAAUAUCUGAGUCAACUAGUUCAACUGAUUCAGUAACAUCUGAGCCUGCUGGUUCCACCCCAGUAUCUGAAGCAACAGGUCCAACUGAUUCAGGAACAUCACAGACUGCAGAGACCACAUCGCCAACUGAACCUACAGGUUCUACUGAUACAGCAACAUCUGAGUCUGCUGGUUCCACCUCAGUAUCUGAAUCAACCGGUCCAAGUGAGUCAGUAACAUCACAGACUGCAGAGAGCACUAUGCCAACUGAACCUACAGGUUCUACUGAAACAGCCACAUCUGAGCCUGUCGGUACCACGUCAAUAUCUGAGUCAACUAGCUCAACUGAUUCAGUAACAUCACAGACUGCAGAGAACACUUUGCCA